CCCCUAGCAAAAAGUGGAGUUUACUGGGGAUUUCAAGUUUUGGAAAUUCCUGAAAAUUUUGAGAAGAUGAAAAGCGACUAAUUUUGCCAUCUAUGAAUUUAUGAAGAUGCUUAUAAUGGGUUUUACUUAAUUUCAUAAUUCUAUUGUGACCAUUUAUAAUCGGUUUGUACAGUUGUACUCACAAAAAUUUACUAGUGAAGUAAACUAAAAUUUAUAGGAAACGGAGCCCAAUAGCAAAUUAUGGUCCAUAUGCUGAAUCUAACCAUGCCUUUAGAUUUUGGAUAUUGGACCAUAAUACAAAUUUAACAAAAUGUCACUUGAGGAAGAAGAACAAACUGUACACAUCUCUAGAAGAAGGUUGUCAGAACUUGAAAUAAAGGCAAAUGCUGCAACAGAUUUCAUCCAACAUUUCCAGAAUAUUGAUAAAGAACUUAAAAAAGAAAAAGCUAAAGUGAAAAAGUUCACAAAAAUGUUAAUAGAUGAUCAAAAAGUUAUUGAGAAAUUGACUUCUGUAAGGUGUAUUAGUGCCAGUGAUCUGUCUUCUUUAGACACAAAGUCAUUAAUCUAUAGGAAUUCUUCACUUGUUACUCCUCAAUCAAUUAUAGAAACAGAUGGAAGUUCAGGAUCUUCAUUUACCUUUCCUAUAAGCGAUCCUUUCCUUUCUCCAUCACCAGAACCUUCAUCAAGGAGACCACCAACUCAGCUAAGUACUACUCCUUCUGAAUAUUCUACUCAAUCCAAGACUACAACUACAGUGUUUAACAAUCAUCGUGAAACAGACUCAAUAAGUAAUUCAGGCAGUAUUUCACUACCAUAUAAAAGAAGUGCGUCUAUGAAUGUAAGCGUAACUGGUCCAAAAGCAAAUAAUGUGUUUGCUGAUGUUGUGGAUGACAGAGGUAUAUCUGAAGCAGUUUUCCUAAAUCUAAUUAAAGAAUUGAAAAGGACAAAACAUUGUUUAAAUCAGCUCAUGUUAGAAAAGGGCCUAACAGUGGAAGAAUUCAUGAAAGGAAAAAUUGAUAAAGCUACAAUAGAAGACAUGGCCUCAAGUAUAGAGGAAUUGAAGAAGGAAAAUGAAAAUUACCAAAAUAAAAUAUCUGAGCUAAAUAACUCUUUAGCCUUCUACAAGAAAUUAGUAAAGGAUGAAAGAGAAGGACUGACCAUGCAGUUUGACAGUAAGAGGUCAAAUGAGAGGACUUCAAAGGAUAAAGCAACAGAUAUUCAGAAACAAAGUGAAGAAGUCAAUGACAUGAGAAUAGAAAAUUGUCAACUUAAAAAUCAGCUCAUGACAUUAGAGGAAGAGAAAAAUAUGAUAUUAGAUAACUAUGCCAAAUGUAUACAAACAAUCACAGAACUAGAGCAUCAUCUAAAUGAAGAUCAGUUAAAGAAACAGAAUGAACAUCUGGCAAAGGAGGCAGAAAAACUGCAGAGGGAGAUAAAAAAUCUUCAGAAUGACAAUGGGAAACUAGUAUCAUCUGUAAGUCAUCAAACCAAAUUAAGGGAAAUGUACAAGCAAGAAAAUACAAAGUGCUUAAAGGUAGAGGGACAAUUGAAAGAAGAUAAGGUUAAACAACAAAGAAUGGAGACAGAAAUUAUAUUAUUGAAGGCUAAGGUGACAAACCUGUACAAGCAAUUAGAACAAGGCAAGUCAAAGCCUCACAAGCCACAGGACAAAUUACAAGCCCCAGUGAAACCAACAAAGAUAACAAAAUCACCAUCACCAAUUGAGUCAUCUUCAUCUUUCAUAGAGUCAGAAUUUAUAGCCUCAAGCUCAAUGACAGGAGUAAAAUCAAAACUGGUGGAGCAUAGCAAGAAAAUGUCAAAUUAUGAAUGUGAACGAUGUCAAGCACAGUUUGAAGAUGAAAUGGAACAUUUAUGCCACAUUAACAAGUGUUUAGAUUGAUAUCUGUAAUGUAAUCCUGAAUGCAAUAUUCUUUGUAAUUUUAAUUAUGGUUCAUGGUUUAAAUUUAUGGAUGUACCUGCCAAAAUUUUCGUAUGAAAUCAUCGGGAAUUACUUUUGUCUGCUAUAAAAAAAAAAGCAUAUGUGGUUAGUGGCAGGAAUAGCACAUGAAAAAAUAUUGAAUGGGUUUUCAUUUUGUGUUGGAUGAUAAUUGACUUAUGCAGCUACGGUGGCACAUGCUGCUGCGAUUUUUCCAGUUGAACAAUUAAAGCUGUUUGAUUUC